AUGGUGUCGCGCGACCCACCUCCGUAUACGCAAGACCAAAUCGCCGCGAUGACCUCACCGGAGGAGAAGAUACGCGCCAUGGCAGAGCUCAAGAGCUACAUUGCGCGCAUGAAGAAGGAGAACGAGCUCAGGUCGAAUGGCUACUCUGGCUCUGGUUACCGCAACACCUCCGGCACCUUCAACCACCAUGAAUCCCCUCAUUAUCCACGUGGCAGCUAUCGCGGCGCUUAUCAUGGGGGCAGAGGUAGAGGAUAUACACCAUACCAUCCCUACUCGCGUCCCUACACCACACCUCACUUUGCGCAUAGCUCCGUCGCUGUCAACGGUACUGGCAAUGCUAUCCAGUCUCUCAAGGUAAAAGAAGAGGAGGAUCUGCCGCAGGCAACGGCUGAUGGCACUGUCUCCUCUUCAAGCGAUCACCAGCAGCCCGAGUCACGGAGACUCUGCGCCAUAUUCACAUCCACAGGUCAAUGUUCCCGCCCAGCAUGCUACCUUGUUCAUGACCCAGACAAACAAGCCGUCUGCAAGCCUUGGUUUUAUAAGGAUAGUUGUGCCAAAGGAGACUACUGCUCAUUGCCUCAUGACGCGUCGUCGCACAACGCGCCAACAUGUCUUCAUUUCCAAGCAGGCCGAUGCACCAAGGAAGACUGCCGCUUUGCCCACAUUCGUGUCAAUCCUACGGCACUGAACUGCGUAGCUUUUGGACGUAUGGGCUACUGCGAGAAGGGAGACACCUGUGCGGAGCUGCAUGCGCAUGAAUGUCCCGAUUUCGCUAACACAGGAGACUGCUACUACGGUGAGAGCUGUCGCCUUUCGCACAUUCGUCGCGCCACUCGGAUGAGGAAAGCCACUCGUGGAUCUUCCCCAGCCCACUCUCCUUCGUCAAACUCUCCCGGUACAUCGGAUACUCCUGACGAGGGCAUGGAUACCGCUCAGGACGCUCCAGAGUGGACGACGUCAAAGAAUGCAACCCCUCAGACGCCUCAGCAGUUUACCCAACAGGCAGACUUUGUUGCCUUUGAGACAGACGAGUAA